AGGGAAGGGAGGGGUGAGGCUCCUGCUGAAGAGGACAGACAUGCCCUUCAUUUAAUGCUGUGACAAAGUGGAGAGAAGCCCCUGGGCAGCGGAGAUCACAGCACAGACACAGAGCAAGAGCAGAGAGAGAGGGAGCAGUGCAGAGCAGAGCAUUCACAGCCAAACAACAGCAGCGGAACAACAACGAGGAUAAACAAGGAAACUAGACUGUCUUAUCUUCUCCAACCGUCAGCGCCCUACUUAGAGAAGAUGACAGAUACCUUUCUACUCACACUUACCUUAAUUUUGGCGGCUGUGCUGAUUGGUGGAUCCCGUUCGGAAGGGGUGUGUCUUCAGGAUGGUAAACACAAAGCUGUGCCCAGCCCAGAACCUCACCUGCAGGAGUGCUCUCUCUAUGCAGGCAAUAGCUGUUGUACAGAGGAGCACAUUCAGGACAUAUUCCCUGUCUCCACAACCAGCAAUAAAAACGAGCCCUGGGAUAAGUGUGGACCACUGAGCCCCGAGUGUGACAGUUUCCUGAAGCGUGUGUCGUGUUUUUAUCGCUGCUCUCCGGACGCUGCGCGUUGGCCUCAUCCUCAACACCCCUCAUCCAUCCAGGCCGUGCCACUGUGCCACAGCUUCUGCAGGGACUGGUUUGAGGCAUGCCGAACCGACGUGACCUGUGCCCGCAAUUGGGCCAGAGACCCUCGGGGGCAGAACUGCACUGGAUCCUGUGUUUCAUACCAACAGAUGUACCAGCAUGGACGGGACCUGUGUGAGAGCCUGUGGGGCGAUGCCUUCAUGGCAGUGGAGGAUGAGCCUGAGGAACUGACAGAGAACACUGGAACUCCGUGUGGAUGUCUGACCCUCAGCGCCUCUGACAGAGACAAGAUGGCUGCCCUCAGAGCCCAGCAGGAUAACCCGGAAGAACUGGACACCACCAAGACCGGCCUGCCCCAGUACCGUGCCCCCUGCCACUCCGCACCUCCACCCCCACCCCCACACACCCAGAGGAGGGCAAACUUGGUUCUACGGAAGCGAUCAGUUGGGGUGGAUGAUGGGGAGGGCAGCGGCAGUGGUUUGUAGACACAACUAUAGAUGCUGAUGUAAUAGAGACAGUUAUUAUUGAUUUUAUUGGAGUUAACCUUUCUCCACUAACUAAACACCACAGCUGUCAAUAUAACAUUGUAGAUAAUGGUUCAACAUAUUCAGUGUAGAACUUCAGAUAAUAAUUGUUUUCUGGGUCAAAGAGCUGCCAUAUUGGUUUUGUUUUAGAGUUUGUAAUGGUGGAAAAGACUGGUGUGUAGAUCAUUUAAUGACAACAACAGGGGUAUUGUACAGAGAUGUACUUACACUAUACACUAUAUGCAAAUGUAUAUUUAACUAUUGCUCAGUUUCAGAUGGCAUCAUAAUAUAAUUUAAUAUAGAUGGGUGCAGCUAGAAUUCAAAUGCAGAUUUGUGUUGUAAAAUAGCGAGUUAUAGGGUAUAGUAACAAAUAGAUGUGAUCAAGUUCAAAAUGUUAAUUUACCUCUUAAAUAUGUCAUAGGAAAGUUCUAUGUAAUCAGUGGGAAAAACCAUCUCUUGCUCCCAUCUGACAGUGUGAGAUCAUCAAUUUCUACAAUCUGAAAACUACCAAUACAGAGCAGUUGUACAAACUAGCACCCGUAGAAAUGAUGGACCAUUGUUAGCUACAUCAACAUAUAAAAAUUACCAUACAUAUUGAUCAAGCAGUUAUUAGAAAUACUACAUGUAUUUCCCCUUCCAUGCGUCUGUAAUCAGUACUUUAGGAGUUCUGUGAUGCUGUGAUGAUCUACAGUCUACUUGUCUUACAUGAGCAGUACAAUAGUGAAGACAAAAUAAUGAAUGUAUUUUAGUCUUUCUAACGAGUAGUGCAGGCUGAGGCAGAGGAGAUGUGCACUGACAGUUUAAUAAAACCUGGGGGUAGAAUUAUAUUCAGAAACAGAAGGUCCUUUGCAGAUUGUGUGACCUGCCAGGGGAGGCAGUGGUGCCAGAUGAGACUUUUCACUGUUUCUCUAUAAUGACUGUGUAGAAAAAAUAUUUGUUAGACUCAAUCUAAACAAAAAUAAAUGAUAAAAGAUGGAAUGUGCCUCUUGUUCACAAGAAUGACCCUGUGCUUGUCUUUAAUGUCAAUAAAGACCAUUUUAAAUGUCA